CCUACAGGUGACUGGUGUUCUCAGCAUGACUCUCCAGGCUCCAAUGCAUGCCAGUAGGUUUCUGGUUGCUAAAUGGGAGCCCCCAUCAGAGAGCUUCAUGGACUAGAGGAAGGAAGAUGGAAUCUGGCUGGAUGGCUGAACACAGGGCAGUUUUGCUUGCAGCCAUGUAGCAAGGAGCAAGGAUCCAUGAGAGAGUGGAAAAAGAUCCCCAGGACCCAUGACUUCUACCACGCCCUCCCUCCAGCUGCGUCUCCCAUAUCCAUCCCUCCCCCAUUUUGUGAGGAUGAGUGUUUGAUUUGAAACAGGAUGACAGAGGCUGACAUGGGCCACUUAAAGUUCAGGUUAUAACCUCAGGUGCAUCUUCUGAGCCUGGCCUGAUCUCUGCCCCGCCCCAACCUUGAACCACUGCCAAUCCUCGUUCCUCAGCUGCUUUUCCUUAGUGUGCAUAUAACGUAUUGACCCAAAGCACAACUCAAAGGUAGGAACCUCCAGACACUAAGGAGGCAUUGUGCACCCAUUUCUUCCGGUCUGUCCUUCAUGCAUGCUGCAUUCCAAAUCAAGAGCCUGAAGACAGUCAGAGCUUUAGCGACGUUCAUCUUCAUUUUUCUGUCCUUGUGGACUCCUCUGGUGAUGAGCAGGGAGGAAGGUGGUGCUGGGAGUGAGGAAGGAGUUGGGAAGCAAUGUCAUCGCAGCCUGCCUCCCCGCUGCCCCUCUGGAUCCCCCAGUACACAGCACUGGAUACAGCCUGACCAGAGCCAGCUGUUUGCAGACCUGAGCCGAGAAGAGCUGACAGCUGUGAUGAGCUUCCUGACCCAGAAGCUGGGGCCAGACCUGGUGGAUGCAGCCCAGGCCCGACCCUCAGACAACUGCGUCUUCUCGGUAGAGCUGCAGCUGCCCCCAAAGGUGGCAGCCCUGGCCCACCUGGACAGGGGGAGCCCCCCACCUGCCCGGGAGGCUCUGGCCAUCGUCUUCUUUGGCAGACAACCCCAGCCCAAUGUGACUGAGCUGGUGGUGGGGCUGCUGCCCCAGCCCUCCUACAUGCGGGAUGUGACCGUGGAGCGUCAUGGGGGCCCCCUGCCCUAUUACCGACGCCCUGUGCUUCUCCAAGAGUUCCUGGACAUAGACCAGAUGAUCUUUGACAGAGAGCUGCCCCAGGCUGCUGGUGUCCUUCACCACUGCUGCUCCUACAAACAAGGAGGAAGGAACUUGGUGAUGUCAGGACUGGAGAACUGGGUCUGGGCUGAGGACAUGGCUUUUGCCCCCACGGCGAUACCCUGGAGCCCAGAGCACCAGACACAGAGGCUGCAGGUGACGCGGAAGCAGCUGGAGACGGAGGAGCAGGCCGCCUUCCCCCUGGGAGGGGCCUCCCCUCGCUAUCUGUACCUGGCCAGCAAGCAGAACAACAAGUGGGGGCACCCUCGGGGCUACCGCAUCCAGAUGAUCGGCGCUCCUGGGGAGCCACUACCCCAGAGCAGCCCUUUGGAGAGAGCCGUCAGCUGGGGGAGGUACCAGCUGGCUGUGACCCAGAGGAAGGAGACAGAGCCCAGCAGCUCCAGCAUCUUCAAUCAGAAUGACCCCUGGACUCCCACCGUGGACUUUGCUGACUUCAUCAACAAUGAGACCAUUGCUGGAAAGGACUUGGUGGCCUGGGUGACAACCGGUUUCCUGCACAUCCCACAUGCAGAGGACAUUCCCAACACUGUGACAGUGGGGAACAGUGGGGGGCUCAUUCUGAGACCCUACAACUUCUUUGAUGAGGACCCCUCCAUCAAUUCUGCUGACUCCAUCUACUUCCGGGAAGACCAGGAUGCUGGGUCCUGUGAGGUCAACUCCCUGGCUUGCCUGCCCCAGGUUGCUGCCUGUGCCCCUGACCUCCCUGCCUUCUCCCACGGGGGCUUCUCCCCCUAGGUGUUCCCUGGGAUGGGGAAGGUGGCUGGGGCCCCAUGGCCAGGGAAUGUGGGGAGAAGAAGGGCUGGGAACUGGGGAGUCUGUGCCCUCGUCUUCCUCUUCACCCUCCAGGGUCCUUUCCCUUGCCUUCCCCUCCCUGCUGGCAGCAUCCUGAGUCUCUGCUGCCUGAGACAGGGGCUUCUCAGCUCU